GAUCGGGACGAUGAGUUCCUUGCAGAGGGCAAUGAAAUUUUGGCCACUCUGGAACCGCAGAAGACCAUACUGGUCGCCGUCGGGGAAGGGCACCCGUCUGUGAUGUUUCGAAUCCAGAAGAUAUCGCCCUUGCGAACUCUCGCAAGAGCGUACUCUAGAUUCCGAGGGUGCGCAGAGAGCACAGAGUGGAGUGUCUGCUGUGUGCCUUGCAUGUCGACUGUGGAUCUCAGCCAACCUGCCGGAGCGCUACCGGUGAUGCAGUGCCUCGCAUUUGGCGUGUUCCGAAAGAAAACGUUGAAAAAGAAACCAAAUGAGACAGCAGAGCCUGAGGCAAGGGAAUCGAGCUGCCAUGGGACCUGA